AUGACGCAAACCCGAUUCUUGUCCCUCUUGAUUGUUUCCUCUCUCUUUCCAGAUUUGCGAGUUGAACAAAUUGUUUUCUUUUUGGAAGUAGAGCCCGAGACUCGGGCAAGGUCGCAGGAAUUUCUUUUUGUCAAUCAGGUUAACUAUUUGAGUAUUGAGGAGACGCAUGAUUGGGAGAUGCUUUCAUUGAGAUCUUGA